AUGAGUGCUGUAAAUGUAAUGCAACAAACUAAAUCCAAAUUUGGACAAAUAGUGAUCGGACCACCAGGGUCGGGUAAAACUACUUACUGUGCACAUUUAAGUAAAUUUUUAAAUAAUAAGUUAAAUCGUAAAACAGUUGUGAUUAAUUUGGAUCCAGCAAAUGAUAAUAUGGGCUAUGAUGCGGCGAUCGAUAUUAUGGAAUUAGUUACAGUUGAAGAUGUUAUGAAUAAUUUGGAUUUAGGACCAAAUGGUGCGCUUAUGUUUUGCAUUGAAUAUAUGGAGAAAAAUUUGGAUUGGUUGUUAGAUAAAUUAAAAGCGUAUCCAGAUACAUAUUUCAUAUUUGAUCUACCUGGUCAAGUUGAACUUUAUACACAUCACGACUCUAUUAAGCAUAUUUUUGAUACUUUAAAUAAGCUUGAUUUUAAUUUGUGUACAAUUCAUUUAAUUGAUUCGCAUUACUGUUCAGAACCUACCAAAUUUAUUUCGACUUUGUUACUCUCACUAUCGACUAUGUUACAUAUUGGGCUACCUCAUAUCAACGUUUUGAGUAAAGCGGAUCAAUUGGUAGCCCAUUCCGAUAAACUCCAUUUUGGAUUAGAAUAUUACACGGAAGUUUUAAAUUUAGAUUAUUUACUAGAAUUAUUAGACACCGAUGUAUUUUCAUCGAAAUUUAAAAAACUGAAUGCGGCUUUAACUGGUUUAAUCGAAGAUUAUGGUCUUGUUAGCUUUUUCCUUUUGGAUGUGAACAAAGAAAAGGAUUUAAUCAAUAUCAGAAAUGCAGCAGAUAAAGCAAAUGGUUUCGUUUAUGGUUCCAGAGAAGAACGUAGCAUUCAAUCCUUAUUAUCAUGUGCGAUUGGUGCAAGGACUCAAACUGAAGAAUAUGAUGCAGAUAUGUAAUUUUAGUUUUUUUUCGUUUAUAUUAGAAAUAAUAAA